AUGUGGCGGCGAUUCGUCAACCCGCGGCUCCUCUUCCUCCUGUUGCUUCUAACGCUGCUGAAUUUCGCCAUCGCACACAUCACAACAUGGCAACAUCGUCCUGUUGCAGGUGCGGCAGAUGCAGACGAUGGGCACCCACCCACCGAGGCAGCUCGAUCCCCGCCAGGGUUUUCGGAGGGUGUGGAAAAUAAGGAACGGCGUGAGACGGGGGCACCGUCUGCGCAGUCCCCGAUGGGACGGCGGUUCGACAGCUUCAUACAGGCGCCCCCACAGCUCAGUCAGUUCCCUGCUGGUUUCGACGACAUGAACUUGUCGCUGGCGUGUGCGAAGUACGAUGAGUUGUUGCAGCAGCCUGUCGAACCGGUGUCACAGGGCGCUNGUUUCGACGACAUGAACUUGUCGCUGGCGUGUGCGAAGUACGAUGAGUUGUUGCAGCAGCCUGUCGAACCGGUGUCACAGGGCGCUGGGUCGUUCCAAAACAUCCACAGCUACGCCCACCAUGGCGUCCUGCUGCCCACACUCCCCAGCAAGAACACCACCUGGGAGCCAGGCUCGCUGCCCCACCCAUCUGCAGAGCUGCAGAUGUACUACGAGCAAGAGGCGCGUCUCCCCGAGCAUGACAUGGCGACGUACACUGCACUGAAGUGGAAUGCUGGCACUGUAGAGUUCUGUGACCCGACGGAUGCGGACUACACCCCGAGUAAGGACUUCGCGUGCCUGGCGUACCUCCGAAACCCCGCCAACUGGGUGGCGCUGAAGCCCAUGUCAAGCUUGCUCUCGUCGGGCCGCACCAUCAAGAUGCUACUGUCGCUGCGGCACGGCAACAUUACGGCGGUGGUGAAGCUCUCACAGACGCGCUUCACAUUAGAACCGCUGAGUGAGACGGUGGCGUUUCACAUGGAUCGCACACUCGGCUUCCGGCGUGUGCCUCCAACAGCAUGGGUGCCGAUUCCCGUUGCGUACAUUAAAGCAGCCGCUGCGACGCUUGGUGCGUUCUACGUCCACUGGGUUGAGGAGGCGGUCCUCGCCACCAAGCACGGUAAGCUGAUCACGUCAACAUGCCCCGACGUGAGACUGGCGGCGGUGCUUGACGCACAGAAGCCCAACUGCAUAUUGGCGUCAGUGCAACUGUGGAUGUGGGACGUGGAUGCGGCAGAGACCACGACAUUUGCGAAUGCUGAAAGGAAAUAUCCCUCCACGGCUGGGCGUGAUGAGCCGAGCAUCAUCACCAACGACAAGGGCAAUGACACCGGGAAGGUUGACAUCAAGACUGAGAGGGCCGGCAAUAAUAGUGGGGGAAGUGGGCGAAACUCUCUGAUAGCGAUGUGGCACCUUGUGGCCCGUGAGCACUGGAGCCAGCUCGCCUUUGAUGCGAUCAUUGGCAACGAGGACAGGUGGCGCGGCCACAACUCCUUUGCCCUUGCUGCAUGUGAGCCUAAGUUGCGGUGCCACACAGCGAGAGCGGGGCGUCGGCACGAGCAGCCGUCGAAGAGCACGCCGCGGCUCAUCUACAUUGACCAGGGGUCCGGCUUUUACCAUCAGGGUCUCGCGAAGGAGUUCAUCUUCUCUCCGAGACACCAGCCACUGCACUGCCGCAUGCAUCGGCAGACCAUUGAACGCCUUGAGCGUAUCACCGUGUUUGCAUGCAACAUGUCUAAGAAAGCGGACGGCGGGGACAUCGCUGUGAAGGCGGAGGAGCCCGUCAUUGCGGCCGUCACUACGGGAGCGAACGCUGAAGAGGAGACGAAGCGGGUAGGCGAGGUCAUCUACAGCAAACUCCUGCUGCCAAGACUGCCGUCAAAAAUUGGGUUGAUUCUGCCGCAUGCACUGAUUAAGGCGGCGUGUCGCCGUGUGUGGUUGGUCCUCGCCCAUCGUACACGCUGUCUGCAGGCUAAUGAGGGUGUGCUUUUUUUCUGA